AAAUUCCCCUGUCUCUCGCGCUCACUCUUUCCAAAUUUCAAGUGUUCCUCUACAAAAACACUCUCCUUACUCCUUUAGUCCUUCCUCUGCAAAAACAUACAAACACACACACAACUUUUGGAGAGAGAUUAGAAAUUCAUGCGAUCCUCUCACUAAAACUCCGCCAAACUAAUCUCUCUCCUCUUCCGCCAUUUUAUCCGGCGAUAAUCAUGACGGUGUUCUCUCAUUCCUCCACCACUAUCGCCGGAAAACAAGUGUUUCCAGUAAACUGCGAGGCGGAAGUCUCACAACACCUCCUCGAUUCUCUCUCCUCCGGCGAUCUUAAGUCUGCUUCUGACUGCAUCUCCGACCCCUUCCUCGACGUCAACUUUGUUGGCGCUGUCUCUCUUAAGCUUCGACGCACUGAGGUCGUUCUUCGUGAUCAUUUACCUAACGAAAUUCUCGUUCAGUAUCAAGACUUCAAAACUGACGUUACUCCUCUCUUCUUAUCCUCUCAUUUCGGAAUUCUUCAUCUCGUUCGCCAACUCCUGAAUGCUGGAGCAGACGUGAACCAGAAACUCUUCAGAGGUUUCGCAAUAACUGCUGCUGUGAGAGAAGGGCAUCUGGAGAUUUUGAAGGUGUUGGUGAAGGCAGGGGCUUCUCAACCGGCCUGUGAGCAGGCACUGUUGGAGGCAAGCAAACAUGGACGGGCAAGAUUUGUGGAACUGCUCAUGGAGUCUGACCUCAUACGUCCCCAUGUUGCCCUACAUGCUUUUAUCACAGCAUGUUGCAGAGGAUUUACUGAUGUCGUUGAUACAAUGAUCAAGUGUGGUGUGGAUGCAAAUGCAAUGAACCGUGUACUUGUCCAAUCAUCAAAGCCAACUCUUCAUACCAACAUUGAUUGUAAUGGCCUCGUUGCUGCUGUUGUCAGUAGGCAAGCAUCUGUUGUCCGUUUGCUGCUACAGGCUGAUUUAAGAACAGACAUUGAAAUGAAACUUGGAGCAUGGUCAUGGGACACAGAUUCUGGGGAAGAGUUUCGAGUGGGCGCAGGAUUAGCAGAGCCAUAUCCCCUCACUUGGUGCGCAGUUGAGUACUUCGAGACCAAUGGGGCAAUCCUCCGAAUGCUUCUAAGAAAACACUCUCCGAAUACUCCUCAUCUAGGAAGAACUCUUCUCCAUCAUGCCAUCCUCUGUGCUAACAGCGUAGCUGUCAAUAUACUACUUGACUGUGGUGCUGAUAUUGAGUGUCCAGUUAAAUCAACAUUCAACACUUUGUUCCGUCCCUUACACAUGGCUGCUCGACUGGGAUUACCAACAAUCCUCCGAGCUUUACUUGAAGCUGGCUGUGAUAUAAACUCCAGAGCAAACUCGGGUGACACAGCUCUUAUGAUUGCUGCCAAAUAUAAGCAAGAAGAGUGUCUCAGGAUACUGGCAGCAGCAGGUGCUGAUUUUGGGCUGAUAAACAAUUUUGGUGUUUCUGUUAGUUCAAUUGCUUUUGCAAAUAAGUGGUCUUUGGGUUUUCAAGAAACAGUUUUGGAAGUCACCAGAUCAGGGAAAGUUCCUCAAAGCAGUAAUCUGUCAAGCUUUUCAGCUUUGCUAUUUGCUGCCCAAGCUGGCGAUACAGAGGCUCUCAAAAUUGUACUAGCACAGCCAGAAAUAGACAUUAAUCAACAUGAUGAUGAUGGUUUCACAGCGGUCUUGCUUACAGCUUUGAAAGGUCAUGUAGAAUCCUUCCGCUUACUCGUUUAUGCUAGGGCCGAUGUAAAGCAGACCACUAAAUCAGGGGAUACUGUGAUUACCUUAUCUGAGCUCAGUAGCAUGAGAAACUUGUUUGAGAAGGUAUUACUCGAGUAUGCACUUGAAAUGGACAAUCGAAAUGCUGAAGGGUUCUAUGCUCUACACUGUGCAGCUCGUCAGGGAGAUAUAGCAGCCGUUCAACUGUUGACAAGCAAAGGUUAUGAUGUGAACGCCCCUGAUGGAGAUGGCUAUACACCCCUAAUGCUAGCAGCCAGAGAAGGCCAUUCCCAUAUAUGUGAGCUCCUGAUUAUGAAAGGUGUUCGUUGUGAUGUUAACUUCAGAGGUGAAACUGCACUUUCGCUUGCUAGGAAGAAUAGUAGAAAGGAAAAUGAUACUGAAUGCAUUAUACUAGAUGAGCUCGCUCGAAGGCUGGUAUGCACGGGAGCUUGUGUGCAGAAACACACCAGAAGAGGGAAAGGGUCGCCCCAUGCUAAGAUGAUUAAAAUGGUGGGAAACACAGGAGUUCUGUCAUGGGGAACAUCCCGCAGGAGAAAUGUGAUCUGUCGAGAAGUUGAAGUUGGUCCCAGUGCACGCUUUCGUAAGAACAGGCGAGGUAAAAGUGAUGCAGAAGAUGCUGGGGUGUUUCAUGUAGUAACAACCAAGAACAAGGAGGUGCAUUUUGUCUGUGAAGGUGGUUGUGAUGCUGCAAAAUUAUGGGUAAGAGGAAUCAAGCUCCUAACAAAUGAAGCUAUUUCAGGCUCCAAGCCAAACCAUAUUUGAAUGUUAAAAGAGUUUUGCAUUUAGGUGUAUUGGUUUUCUAUAAUAGAGUUGUAAUACUUCACCUUGAAGUAUUUUUUCAUUGUAAAUAUUUUCCAACACUGUCAAGAUUGAAGCAAAUCCAAAAAAAAAAAAAAAAAGCUUAAAAUUUCUAAUAAUAUUAUUCGAACAUGUUCCACAAAAAGCUUUAUCAAGUUUCCUU